GGGGAAGGUUUCGGGAAAAAAAAAAACAAACAGAGAAAGAAAAGGGGGAAAGCUCAGACCGACUCGGUCGGGGGAGCCGGGGAGCAGCAGCGGAGACCUCCGGUCGCUUCUCCGCCGUAGUGCCGUCUCUCGGCACAAAACUGGUGUCCAAAGCUUCGUCUCGUUGUCCCCGUCUUCAUGGUGGUCGUCAUUUUCGAUGGGACGCCGAGUUGAGAAAGAAUCGGAGGAGAGAAGAGGACUGCCUCUCCGAUUGGGUUUCCGAUCCCAGCCACGACGACGACAACGAAGGGUACUGGUAGCUUCGCCUCGGCAUGGAGGACACUUCUAUGCUCUUGAAUUUCACAGAAGAGGUCUGAGGAGAGAGAAUCCAAGAGAAGAGAGAUUUCUGAGUUUUGGUCGUGUUCUUCGUGUUUUCCGGCGAGAUGGGUUCGACUCAGCUACGCUACCCAUGUUAAUGCAUUCAAAUGCAUACUCUAUACUUUGGUCUCGCAACAUUCUCUCUUCUUUUCGUCGAGAAGAAAAUGGUGAUCAAGCUAGUGUUCCCCGGCCUCCACAUAUAUGCUGCCAAUUCAAGGAUACUGGUAGAAGAAACAAACACCAAAGAACCCAGGGGCUCUUUCCCACGGUUUAUUCAAAAACCUUGAAAAAUGAGAGCUAUUGUAGGUGGUGGGUUGGUACGUAGUUGUUUGGCCACGUAAUGACGUAAUGCAAGGAAGGGUUGGUUUGACCAAAUUCAGUCGCAAAUGG